AUUAAGAAAACGUAUCUAUUUGUUUUGUUGCCAGUCUACACUUUCGAACUAACGUUAAAAUGUGGCUAGCUAGCGAGUUGGUCUACCACGUCAUGUUGUAAGACACGGUCUAGCUAGCUAACGUUAGAUACUGUAAUUUCCAGUCUGCCAUUGGGGAUUCGUCGACUAAAUGUAAUAUAUGUAUCUAUUGGCAUAGUUGUAAAGAUCAGCGUUAGCUAGCUAUUAGCUGUUCGUUAGCUAGCUACGACUUCUCUGCUCUGUUUGACUGCGAGUUCGUGGCUUUCUAGUUGGCUGGCAGCUCCACAUCUUUCGUGUGGGCUAGCGUUGGAUGGAUCAUAUAAUUAGGAAUUUAAUCGGUUCUCUGAGAUGGAUCAAGCAUCAGUAGUUAAGGACUGUUAGGUGUUUUUCCGGACACGGCCCUGGAACCUGUUUAGCUAUGCUAUGGCUAUACGCUUUUUGACUAGGAACAUUGAAUAAAUGCAUAUUCGGGGCCACUUUAUCUCCACCCCGCAACAUGGAUACGGAUGUUUUUCACCGUGGUGAAGGGUGCGGGGGUUAUGUGAAACGCUGGUUUAGGGCUACGCCCACUGAGCUCUCUGAUCUUAGGGCAGACAGGCAGAGUGUAAAAUGGCGCACAGCUGUCGGUGGCGGUUCCCCGCUCGGCCCGGAGGGAGCAGCAACUUAGGCACCGGGAGGAGAGCGGGCCGAAUCCGGGUCACUGCCUCCCUUCGAAGUAGCACAGGGACCCACCCAAACACGGUUGGGCUCGGACCCGGCUUUGAUGCUGCGUUACAGGUCUCUUCUGCUAUCGGUUGCAACCUGCAGAAAUUUCGGGAUGUUUUGGGAGAGUCGAGUGGUUCAAGCAGCGGGGAGGAAGGAGCGUUUGGAGGCUUUGGUACAGUCAGUGAACACCGAAGAAUGCAGAGUCAGUCGAGGACGCUGGCAGUUACUCCCACGCAGGAGAAGAAGCCCAGAGGCCGACCCCCGCGGGCCCUGACUGCACAGAAAGGGCCCGCAGGCGCCGGCCCUUCCCCCUCGCCUUCCUCUGGGAAACCCGAGGGCCAGGAGUGGCCUGUGGAGAAGGCCAAGCGGCUGCCCGGGAGGCCGCCUGGCUCUGGAGAGAAGAGGAGAGGCCGUCCUCCGGCCUCUGGCACCCAGAGAAGUUUGCAGGCUGGCAGCCAUACAGACAAUGACAGCAGGCAGGUGGGGCAGGAGCACAGCUCCACAACUACACACCGCAAGGACCGGGACGAGGAGAGGAAAGCCACAAAGAGAACGCCCCUGGGCUCCGUGCAGCAGCACGACACAGAGGCCAAGCCUCCCAAAGCGAGCCGCGAAUCCAAGGUGACCAAACUGAAGCGGCUGCGGGAGGUCAAACUGAGCCCACUCAAGGCCAUCGCCAGGAAGUGUGUGCCGGUGCCCGGUGUGCCCCGGCGCAGACGAGGACGGCCUCCAUCUGCCGAGCGCCUCAAAGCCGAGGCUGCUGCUGCCCAGGCCUCUUGUUCAGAGGAAACCAAACAAAAGUCCUUCAGCGUCCGCCGGGACAGAGAUACGGACCCCCACACUCCUCAACAGCAGUCUAAGCUCAGGGCGUCCCACUUUGCUGAGGAGGACGACAGCCCCGACGUCCACAGAUCCUCAAGCCCGCUCCCCUCAUCCUCUCCCUCCAAGCUGGGCAGGCCACUGAACCUGAGAACCAGCCCUCGCCACAUCAAGCCCGUGCGCAUCGUUCCCCCCUCCAAACGCACUGACGCUGCAAUCGCCAAGCAGCUGCUGCAGCGCGCCAAGAAAGGUGCGCAGAAAAAAAAACUGUUAGAGAAGGAGGUGGUUGCCAUAGGAGGCCAAGGGGCAGCAGCCAUGGAGGCAGGCAUCCGGAGGAGGAGGAGAACGCAGCUGAAGAACAUCAGGCAGUUCAUCAUGCCCGUGGUGAGCACUGUCUCGCUGCGCAUCAUUAAAACCCCAAAGCGCUUCAUCGAGGACGAAGGCAGCUUCGGCGCAUCUCACCCCCACAUGAAGAUGGCACGGUUAGAUGCUGUUCCGCCCCCCGUCGCUGCUCCCCAUCCCGCUUCGGCGGCCUCCCCCAUGCGGGCGUCUACAGCUGCAGUCACCGCCGCCGCUGCUAAAGCUGUGACCGCAGCUCCGGUCGACACCAUCCCUCCCCCGCCUCCCACUGUCACACCCAGCAGGGCCACGGCCGUGGCGGCCAGCCUGCUCAACAACAGCUGCAACAACAGCACCAGCAAUGGGCGCUUCAGCAGUAGUGUCGCCUCGUGUGGCUCCAGCGCGGUGUCGCUGCACUCCUCCCAGCUCUCGUCGGGUGAGUCGUCCCGAUCCAGCAGCCCCAGUCUGGACGACUCGUCGUGCGACUCCCAGGCUUCGGAGGGCACUCAGGCCCUGUCUGAGCCUGAUGAUGAGCAUGACGACGAGCGAGACCACUCCCCAUCCUCCCAGGGAGAGAGGGAGGGGGACAUGCUGCACUCCUCCAGGCAUCCGUCAGAGCCCGAGCCGGAGCAGCGUGUUCUGAUUGAGCGGGGCCGGAGGGGCCGCAGAGGGCAGGGUGUGGGCAGGGGCAGCCUUGGGGCGAGGGGAAGAGGCAGCCUGGUCACCGGAGGGAAGAAGGCUAUCAUCAGCCCGGCCACGGGAGUUUUGAUGUCCAACUCUCAACAAGCCGCCUCCGCCGCCUCCUCGUCUUCGCCCCCCCCGCCCCCCCCUCUCCUUAGCUCCCCGCAGCAGGCCCAGUCAGGCUCCAACACAGCGGAGCAUCACUCCCACUCCCCUUGGAUCCUGCCCCACCCGUUUCUCCAGGGCCAGUCAUUGGUGCUCUCCAGCCUGCAGGACAAGCGCAGGUCCAUCCUGAGAGAGCCCACCUUCCGCUGGACAUCUCGGUCUCGCACCGAUCAGCAGUACUUCUCCUCCGCUAAGUAUGCCAAGGAGGGCCUUAUCCGCAAGCCUAUCUUCGACAACUUCCGCCCUCCACCUCUCACGGCUCAAGACGUGGGUCUAAUGCCCCAUGGCGCUGGUACCGGGGCGGUUGCUUCAGCGGGUUACCCUGCGCCGGGUGGUGGGACUGGGGCGGGCACCCGUCUGUUCUCUCCACUACAUCACCACCACCACCACCAGCAGCAGCAGCACCCCUCGUCCCGCUUCGAGUCGCCACUCCCGAAGCGCAGCCCCCUGCUGCGCGCCCCGCGCUUCACUCCCAGCGAGGCGCACUCGCGAAUCUUUGAGUCGGUCACCCUGCAGUCGUCAUCAGGGAGCAGCCCGGGAUCGCUGUCUCCCCUCCAGUCCUCCCCCAAGUCGGGCCGGUCGGUGAGACGCAAGAAGAGGAUGACCCCGGGACCCCUGCGAGGUCAACCCCGGUCCCCCUCACACUCCAUGACCACGAGGAGCAGCCAGCCAGGGGCCCCGCCCGGAAAAGGUCCCUCUGAACUGUCUGUGCUGACAGGCUCCAUCUCCACUGGUGCCAGCAGCACCAGUAAUUCCCUCGGCUCUCUGCCCACUAGUGCCUUAACGCCUGCUGCUUUCAGCACCUUCUCACCAGGCCCCCUGGGCCACUCCACACACGGACCUUCCUCCUCCGAAGGACAUAGAGCAGCUGGGAGCCUUGGUGGUGCAGGUGCCAACUCCGCUUCUUGCUCCUCUUCCCAACUCUUCUCUCUCUUCACUUCCAGCCCCCAGGAGACGGGCCGCGGUGCUGGGAAAGGGGGGAGAGAGAGGAGCGCCUCGGCUUCCCGGGACUCUGCUCCUGUCAAGGAGAAGGAAAGGGAGACCGAGAAAAGCAGAGAGCGUGAGAAAGAGAACAAAAGGGAGGGCAGAAAAGAUUGGGAGAGGAGAGGAAAGGCGUCCACUCCAGACGCCUCUCCCAAUAGGACACCCAGCCUGUUUGCCGGGGAGGGUCGGGAAGGGGAGGAGUCUCUGACGUCCCUCGCUCCUAAAAAGACACCUGGGAGGAAGAAGUCAGUUCCCGUGGACUCUGUUACAGAGGCAUCACCUGUAGAAAGGGCUGCAGUCCACUCCUCUAUCCCCCUUAUCUUGACCAAGGGCCGCGCCUCCAAAAAGACCCGGCCCUCGGAGAGGGGGCCAGAGGCUGAACUUGGGGAGAAGGAGAAAACAACAUGUGUCCCUGCCCAGCAGGCAGGCCUUCCCCCGGGGCAGACUGGCAGCAAGAAGCCCCCGGCGGUCCCAUCCUUGGGCUCCAUGCUGGCGCACGCCGAGAAGCAGCCUGUGGCCGACAAGCGGGUGGCAGGCCUGCUGAAGAAGGCCAAAGCGCAGUUGUUCAAAAUCGAGAAGAGCAAGUCGCUGAAAUCCCCAGACCAUCCUAAAGUUCAGCGACUCUUCGGAGAGACGUCGGUGCGAGGUCCGCGCAUCAAGCACGUGUGUCGGCGCGCCGCUGUGGCCCUGGGCCGCAACCGGGCCGUGUUCCCCGACGACAUGCCCACUCUCAGUGCCUUGCCGUGGGAGGAGAGGGAGAAGAUCCUGUCUUCCAUGGGGAAUGAUGACAAAUCUUCAGUGGCGGGCUCGGAGGAGGCGGAGCCCCAGUCCCCUCCCAUCAAGCCGGUGAUGAGGCACGCCAAGAUCAUCCAGGAGGGAGGGGCGGUGCCGAGGAAAGGGCGGCGGUCGCGACGCUGCAGGCAGUGUCCCGGCUGCCAGGUCCCCGACGACUGCGGGGUCUGCACCAACUGCCUGGACAAGCCUAAGUUCGGGGGCCGCAAUAUCAAGAAGCAGUGUUGCAAGGUCCGAAAAUGUCAGAACUUGCAGUGGAUGCCUUCCAAGAUUUUUCUCAAGAAGCAAGUGAAAGGCAAAAAAUACAAGAAGAAGAACAAACUGUCUGAAAAAAAGGAGGCUUUACACCCCGUCAAGGGCCCAACAAGCACUGAGCCCAGUCUCAAACAGGUCCUGCUCCCUUUGAAGGAGGAGCCCCCGCGCAAAAAGAGUGUAACUCCUCCCCCUAAGCCAGGUGAGGAGAAGCAAAAACAGUCACCGCCACAGUUGCAGUCCCCCCCAGCCGACAACUCUACCCCCCCAAACGACCAGGCCCCCAGCUGCACCACCGCCCCUGGGCAAGACCAGAAACAUCCUGCACCGGCACCCACGGGUGCUGCUAGUAGGAAGGAACGUAAGCCCCAGCAGCCCACCCCUCCCUCCUCCCCUUCCCCUUCUCUUCCUCAUCGUCCUCCUCACUCCAGAGCUCCCCCUCCCCACCAACACCCCAGCCCCAGCAGCCACCACAGCAGCAUCAGAGGCCGCAGCCCACCCAGGGGACUGCAAAAGGAGUGCGCAGCUUCCAAGUCUCCGCCCACAGAAACCAAGAGGAAGCCCCAGCAGCAGAGCUUAGCCACGCCCAUCACAGACACGGCACCCGAAGGGAAACAAAUGAAGAAACAGGCAUCUCGCUCUGUCCCACCACCACCUAAACCCACCAAACCAAAAGAGAAGCAGAAGCCGUUGGCCAACAAACCUGAGAGCAGUACUUUAAACUUGCUGAGCACUCCCUCGACUGGGGGCACCGCCAAGCAGAAAGUGCCCUGCGACGGAGUGCACAGAAUCAGAGUGGAUUUUAAGAAGGACCAUGACGUGGAAAACGUGUGGGCCACGGGCGGCCUCGGCCUCCUCACCUCCGUGCCGAUCACCCCGCGGGUCGUCUGCUUCCUCUGUGCCAGCAGUGGCAACGUCGAGUUUGUCUUCUGCCAGGUGUGCUGCGAGCCCUUCCAUCUCUUCUGCUUGGGGGAGACUGAGCGCCCUCUGGAGGAGCAGUGGGAGAACUGGUGUUGCCGCCGCUGUCGCUUCUGCCACACCUGUGGCCUCCAGCACCAGAAGACUAAACAACUUCUGGAGUGUGAGACGUGCCGAAACAGCUAUCACCCCGAGUGCCUGGGACCCAACCAUCCCACCAGACCCACCAAGAAGAAACGAGUCUGGAUCUGCACCAAGUGUGUUCGCUGUAAGAGUUGCGGGGCCACAAAACCCGGGAAGGCCUGGGAUGCCCAGUGGUCACAUGACUUCUCCCUAUGUCAUGACUGUGCCAAACUUUUCGCUAAAGGUAACUUCUGCCCCCUUUGCGAUAAGUGCUACGACGAUGACGACUACGACAGCAAGAUGAUGCAGUGUGGGAGGUGCGACCACUGGGUCCACUCCAAGUGUGAGAACCUCACAGACGAGAUGUACGAGCUGCUGUCCAAUCUGCCAGAGAGCGUGGCCUACACCUGCACCAGCUGUACGAAGCGCCAGCCGGCCGAGUGGAGGACGGCCCUGGAGAAGGAGCUGCAGGGCCUGGUGCGCCGGGUCCUCACCGCGCUGCUCAACUCCCGCACCUCCACGCACCUGCUCCGCUACAGACAGGCUGUGAUGAAGCCGCCUGAGUUGAACCCUGAGACGGAGGAGAGUCUACCCACACGUCGCUCCCCGGAGGGGCCCGACCCCCCGGUCCUGACCGAGGUCAAGCCCCCCAAUGACUCCCCCCUCGACCUGGAGUCGGUGGAGAAGAAGUUGGCCACCGGGCGCUACAAGUCUGUGCUUGAGUUCAGUGACGACGUAGUGAAGAUCAUCCAGAUGGCCAUCAACUCAGACGGCGGGCAGCCAGAGAACAGGAAAGCCAAUAGCAUGGUCAAGUCCUUCUUUAUCCGGCAAAUGGAGCGCGUAUUCCCUUGGUUCAAAGUCAAGGAGUCCAGAUUCUGGGAAACGCACAAAUUCUCCACCAACAGUGGCCUCCUCCCCAACGCUGUGUUGCCCCCCUCCCUGGACCACAACUAUGCCCAGUGGCAGGAGCGCGAGGAGAUCGCCCGCGCCGGGCAGCCCCUCAGAAAGAAGAUCAUCCCGGCCCCUUGCCCCAAGACCCCCGGAGAGCCCUACUCCCCCCCUCCGCCCCGGCCUCUACUUCCUCAAACACCCCCUAUGCUCCACGACCUGAGCUGUGAAGACAGUCCUGAGCUGCUCCCACCCCCUGGUGUCAGUGACAACCGCCAGUGUGUGCUGUGUCUCAAGUACGGAGAUGAUAACACCAACGAGGGCGGUAGGCUGCUGUACAUCGGGCAGAACGAGUGGACCCACGUGAACUGUGCCCUGUGGUCAGCCGAGGUGUUCGAGGAUGAUGAUGGCUCUCUGAAAAACGUCCACAUGGCCGUGAUCCGAGGGAAACAGUUGCGCUGCGAGAACUGCCAACGUCCCGGCGCAACAGUGGGCUGCUGCCUGACCUCCUGCACCAGAAACUACCACUUCAUGUGCGCCCGGCAGCGCCAGUGUGUCUUCCUGGAGGACAAGAAGGUCUACUGCCAGCGCCACCGGGACCUCAUCAAAGGAGAGGUGGUGUCCGAGUCUGGCUUCGAGGUCACGCGGAGGAUCCUAGUGGACCUGGAGGGGAUCAGCAUGCGGAGGAAAUUCCUGACCGGCCUUCAGCCGGAGAACAUCCACAUGAUGAUAGGCUCCAUGACCAUCGAUUGCCUUGGAAUACUGACCGAGCUCUCGGAUUGCGAGCGCAAACUCUUCCCCAUCGGCUACCAGUGUUCCAGGGUGUACUGGAGCACUCUAGACGCCCGGAAGCGUUGCGUCUACACCUGCAGAAUCCUGGUGUGUCGUCCCACUGUGGUGGAGCCUGACCUGAAGAGUGCUCUUCCAGAGGAGAACCGCACCAUCUCCCACAGCCCUUUUAUGCCCAUUUUAGACAAAGCCCCGUCUCCGGUGCCCGAUCCUUUUGACUCUCUGAAGCCCUCCAACCGCCUGUCCCUGCUGCCCUCCAGCCCCAAUCCUCCUAAAGUUUACACACGAAACAGGCACCCCAGCUACCCCCCGUGCCAGCGCUCCCCUGGCUCCAGACCACUUCCAUCCCCAGGCGGAUCCUCUCAGUCGGCCCAUGAGAUUGUGACGGUGGGGGACCCCCUUCUGAGUUCCAGCCUAAGGAGCAUCGGCUCCCGGCGCCACAGUACCUCUUCCCUCUCUCCCCAGCCCAGACAGAAGGUAGUCUCCCCUCCACAGGCCGGGGUGGCUGCUGCCAUGAACCAAUUGGCCCUGCUCUCUUCUUCCACCCCACCCCCUGUGCUCUCCUCUUCCUCUGCUUCCAGAGACCUGGGUCUAAGGGAUACAGCGAAGCCGCCCGCCGGCGGAGUCCGGACGCAGAGCCGCGAGACUAGCUCACCCAGCCCUGGAGGUCAACACCGACACCACCACAGCAUCUCUGAGAUGAAGACAGACGGUGGGAAAGAAAGUGCGCCUUGCAAGCAGGCUGUGGGGGAGAACCCCAAACUUUCCCCAAUGGCCCCAGGGAUGGCAGGAGCGAGCCAGACCUCCCCACCACCAGGUACAGGUGUCCUGACAGGGCACCAAAGGGCCAGCAACAGCAAAUCCCAGGCGGAGAAGGGGAAGCAGGGCGGGAAGGUCCCUGACCUGUCGGCUGGCGUCACGCUCCACUCCCGCCACUGUGUCACCACGACCCUGUCGAAGGACAGAGGUGGUGGCGGUAGUAGUAGCAACCCGGCUAAGGAGGGAAGUGUGACCUUGGCGCAAGCCUCUAAAGAUUCUGUGAAAUUGGGGUCUCCCCAGCCCCUGUUCCACAAAAGCGUUGGGAGGCAGUCCCAGGACUAUGUGUCGGGGCCAGUCCCUGCCGCCGCCACAAAGCCCCUGUGGUUUUCGGGGGCCGAUGAUGACGUCAUCAAACGGAGCUCCCAAGCCACCCUGGCUGUUCCCUCCAGCCACUCGGCCGCCACCACCAAAGACAAGCACUCCAAAGUCCGAACAAUCGACAGCCGAGAGGCAUCUAAAGAGAGGGAGAAGACCCCUCAGAACAGCAACAAGAACCCCACGCUCAACAACAACAAUGCUAAAGAGACUGGUGGAACCACUAACGCUCCAACCCCGACCUCGCAGAACUGCAACAGCAAAGCUGCAAACCUCAGUAACAACACCAAAGCCAUUGGCAUGCAGGAGGUGGAAAAGCUGGAGAAUCAGGGAAGAGGACGAUCUUCAAAGAGCAGGGAGAGAUUCUCCAGUCCUGAGAACAGCUCCAGCCUAGAGGCCAUUAAGCAGCCCAGGAUAGCCUCGGAGAGAAGCAUGAGGGCUUCACAGGUACAAGCAAGAGUAACAGCCAACGAAGUCGCGGCUGCUAGAGACAAAAAGCGGGCUAUCGUCAAGGCGUCCCUGACGCCGCUGAAGACCGACCCGAACGGGACCAACACCGUGAGCACUUCCUCUGACUCCUGCACUACCACUUCCAUCUGUCCAGUAGGCCUGGAGGGACCCCCCCACCGCAGGUCCUCCUGCUCCAUGCUCUUCUCCACGUCGUCCUGCUCAGUGUCGAACAACCCGCCACUGCACCCCGAGGACCGUGAGGAGAAGCGACUCCUGGCUCACUGCACCGAGGACGAGGGUACCAGGGACGACCACGCCUUGCUGGAGGAGGAAGGCGGCGACGGGGACAAACGCCACGAGGACGACAGUGACUGCUCGGGCUCGGCCAAGCGACGUUACCCAAGGCGCAGCGCCAGGGCCCGCUCCAACAUGUUCUUCGGCCUGACUCCUUUCUACGGGGUGCGCUCCUAUGGAGAGGAGGAUAUCCCUUUCUACAGCAGCAGCGGGGAUGGGCCCGGGAAGAGGAAGGCUGGGGGCGGCAGGCGCUCGGCCGAAGGCCAAGUGGAUGGGGCAGACGAUAGGAGUAACUCCUCCUCAGGGGACAGCGGAGAAGGAGAGGAAGGGGGAUUCAGCCAGUGUUCCAACAAGGAUCCAUACUAUUACAACUUCACCCGCACCAUCAUCAACCCCGGCCCUGUGAUGCCCUCAAUCGAGGGGAUUGACCAGUGCCUGGGGAGGGGCUCUCAGCUGCAGCGCUUCCUGAAGGAUGAGAAGGAGGAGAGGGUUGUUGCUGCUGCGGAUGGAGUUCCCACCCGGAGCCUCCUGGGCCACCAGCAGAUUGGCCAGCUGGACGGCAUUGAUGACAGCUCAGAGAGUGACGCCAGCGCGAGCACCACCAACACCACCACCACCACGGCCACCGCAGCGUCCUCUUCCCACAAGAGCACAGGAAAGAGGAAGGGCAGAGAGAGGCACAUGGAGAAGCUGGAGCACGACUCUGGGAAGGAGGUGGACAACAGCAGCGGAGGGGGUGGGAGCAGCGGUAGCAGUAGCAACAACAGCCGAGAAGGCAGGAAGAGCCAGAAGGACAGCUCUCUCCCUCUGGGUGGGGUGAAGUCGUCCCAGAGACAGGACCCCCUGGAGGCCCAGCUCUCACUUAGCACUGAUCUGCUCAAGUCAGACUCGGACAACAACAACAGUGACGACUGCGGCAACAUCCUGCCGUCGGACAUCAUGGAGUUUGUCCUCAACACGCCCUCCAUGCAGGCCCUCGGGCAGCAGCCUGAGGCCUCCUCCUCCGAGCUCCUCUCCCUGGACGAAGGCUAUGGGGUGGGUGUCAACCGCCGCAAAGACAUCCUCUUCGAGGACUUCCCUCAGCCGCUGGCCAGUGCUGAGCCCGCGGAGAGUGGGGUGAGCACGUCCAUCUCGGUCGAAGAGCCAUAUGGUCUGCCUCUGGAGCUGCCAUCUGACCUCUCUGUCCUGACCACUCGCAGCCCCACGGUCAACAACCAGAACCAUGGCGGCCUCAUCUCAGAGGGCUCAGAACGCACCAUACUGUCCCUGGCAGCCUCUGACGAAACCAUUGCAGAGAAAGGAGGCGAGGACAAGCAGCAGAGAGGAGGGGCCGGUGUGUCCCCUGAGAGCCAGCAGGAAGGAAGUGGAGGUAGCCGAGAAUCUCAGGUAAGAGAAGGCCACAUGACCCCGGAGCAGUUUGAGCAUAUCACUAGCCCCUCCCUGGGCCAUGUGGUCGAAGCAGAUAACCAGGAUCUGACCAGGAGCUCUGGGACCCCCGUCCUACCCAGCUCCCCCACCCCACCUCUCCAGGGACAGAAGUACAUCUCUGCUCCAUCUUCAGCCAGCCCUGGACCCUCCCAUGUGGCCAGCAUGGCUGUCCAAACCACCUCUCAUUUAAAACAAGGCCCAGAAAAACUCAUAGUGGUCAACCAGCAUCUGCAGCCCCUCUACGUCCUACAGACGCUCCCCAAUGGUGUCACUCAGAAGAUCCAGAUCACCCCAUCGGUCAACGAAACAGGAGUGAUGGAUACCAUGACUCUAACCACAGGGCUCACCACCGGGAUAACCACUUCUCAGCCCAUCUUUCCUGCUGGGGGUAAAGUGUUGGGCACCAUGUCCCAUCACCCUCAGAUCCAUACUUUCACCGGCACCACCCAGACGGGCUUCCAGCCUGGCAUUCCCAGCACCACCUCCGGCCUCCUGAUCGGGGUGCCCUCCCACGAGCCCCAGAUCCUGGUGACCGAGGCCGGACGGAGGCACGACUUGGCCCCCAACGUGACCAUCGUGUCCAGCGCCGCCUCCAUCUCCACGUCCUCGGCCGUGCUCGUGUCUGGACACGGCAAGAAGCGACCCAUUUCCCGUCUCCAGCCGCGGAAGACCAAGAAACUAGCCCGCUCCAGGAGCCAGCCCACCCUGGCCCCGUCUGAGGUGAGACCCAACAUGACUCUGAUCAACCUGUCUUCGCCACAGAUAGCCCAGUCCGGACUGGUCGAACUGGGCACCCUGACCACGGCCGCCACCACUUCUCACCGCAAUGUCCCCAACAUUAUCAAGAGACCCAAAUCAGGAGUCAUGUACUUUGAGCCCAUCCAGCAGAGGAGGCCUCUUCCCAGUGGGCAGCCUGGCAUCCUGGGCCACGACUCCUCCACCCACCUGCUGCCCUGCACUGUCUCGGGGCUCAACCCUAACCAGUCAGCAGUGCUGAACAUGGUGUCCAUGGCUCAGCCCAGCGGGCCCGGAGGCCUCAUUGCGCCAGGCUCUGUCUCUCUCAGCACCCCAGUGCUCAGCUCUGCUGAAAUCACGGGACCCAUCAGCAGCCUCCUCUUCAAAGCCACCCCGCACAACCUGGGCCUUCCGGAGCAACAGAUGCUCCUCCAGUCUGGAGCACCUCUGAUGUCUCAGCUGUGCAGCCCCGCCCAGACCUCCAUCGCCAGCAGCAUCUGUGUGAUUCCCUCCCAUCAGACCAUCAGCAUGUCCUUAAGCCAGCAGGUGGACCCAGAAAGCAGCGCUUUCCAGCGGCAGCAACACCCGCCAAAUGCUAGUGGACAACCUGUGGCUCUGGCCCCCAGCCCGGUCUCACAAGACGCCGGCAAGGGACAUCCAGUUGGGGUGUUCUCCCAGAGUUCCCGCUCUCAAAGCUCAAGCGCUAUGCCUAUAUCCAGGUCCUCAUCAGAGCAGAAACGAGAGCUGAGGUGUAGCGCUGCAGCAACGGCUUUUACGGGCUCUGGGAAAGGGAAGCAGAAAGCCAAGCGGACGAGGCAGAGUCCAGACAAGGCCAGCGGGAAGAAACACAAGGGUUGGCAGACAGAGUCUCCUCGGGAGACGAAAGGAGACCGGGAAGCACCCUCCACUCCUGGCUCUAGCUCUCCUGAAUCCGUGGACACAGGCAAGCCCAGAGACGGGGGCACCUGCAAAAGUAAAACAACAGAGUUCCCUGAGGAGAAAGGCGAGACCACCGCUGGCUCUCUACUGGUGGCCACCCCUGACCAGGAGGGCAGCCGCAGGGACUCUUCCAUGGACCACAAGCCCAAGAAGGGACUCAUCUUUGAGAUCUGCAGCGACGAUGGCUUCCAGAUCCGCUGCGAGAGUAUCGAAGAGGCCUGGAAGUCCCUGACUGAUAAAGUCCAGGAGGCCCGCUCCAACGCCAGACUCAAAGAGCUCUCCUUUGAAGGAGUGAACGGUCUGCGGAUGCUGGGUGUCCUCCACGAUGCCGUGGUGUUCCUGCUGGAGCAGCUGUAUGGUUCCAGGCACUGUCGCAGCUACCGCUUCCGCUUCCACAAGCCCGAGGAGGCCGACAAGCCCCCGAUCAACCCUCAUGGCUCGGCCCGCGCCGAGCUCCACCAGAGGAGGUCUGUGUUUGACAUGUUCAACUUCCUGGCCUCCAAGCACCGCCAGCCUCCCGAGUACAACCCCCACGAGGAGGACGAGGAGGUGCAGCUCAAGUCUGCUCGCCGGGCCACCAGCAUGGACCUCCCCAUGCCCAUGAGGUUCCGACACCUGAAGAGAACGUCCAAGGAGGCGGUGGGGGUGUUCAGGUCAGCCAUACACGGCCGAGGUCUGUUCUGCAAGAGGAGCAUCGACGUGGGGGAGAUGGUGAUCGAGUACUCGGGCAACGUCAUCCGCUCUGUCCUCACCGACAAGCGGGAGAAGUACUACGACGGCAAGGGCGUUGGCUGUUACAUGUUCCGCAUUGAUGACUACGAAGUGGUGGACGCCACCGUGCACGGCAACGCCGCCCGCUUCAUCAACCAUUCGUGCGAGCCCAAUUGCUACUCGCGAGUCAUCAAUGUGGACGGGCAGAAGCACAUCGUCAUAUUCGCCAUGCGUAAGAUCUACCGCGGUGAGGAGCUCACCUACGACUACAAAUUCCCCAUCGAGGAGCCGGGCAAUAAGCUUCCAUGCAACUGCGGAACCAAGAAGUGCCGCAAGUUCCUCAACUAGCCCCCUCCCACUCUGCUGUGUGAUGUUAGCGGUCCUUCUCCCACUCUGCUAUGUGAUGGUAGUGGCGUUAGCGGUCCUUCUCCCACUCUGCUUGUAUGAUGGUAGUGGCGUUAGCGGUCCUUCUCCCACUCUGCCGAAGCAGUCUCCUCGACUAGCGUGGCGCCAUCCAUGCAAUGCCAUGUCUUAGAGUGCAAAGUGAUGCUUCCAGUACUGACCUCUCUUUUUGCUAUACGGCUUGUGCAGAAAGAGGCGCGUUACAGACCGGGUUAAGUUCGAUACAAGCUAUGUUUUUGAAAGAGAACAAAUUAUUAUUGUGCCUCUGGUUGUUUUUGUUUACUUUUCAGACUCUGAGAAGUCAAAGGAAAUGGUAACUGUAAGAUUAGCAAUUUUCAACGUUUUCUGUCUCUGACUGAUUCAAAAAGAUUAUUUUUUUUCCCCCUUUUUGUUCUGAAUUUUAACAUCACCUCACAUUAUUUUUCUAGAGAUGAUAUCUCAAUUCUGUGUGAGCAUCGAAUCCAUUGAUUAUGUGCACACACAAAAAGAAGAAUUGCCACCUUGUAAGAGUUCCAUUUUACACACCAAAGUGCAAUUUGUGGAAGGGAAUUUUCUCUGCAUUUUAGAAAUAGAGCGAGGACGUAUUAGAACCGAUCAGAGGACGCUUUUCUCUUGGCCUCAUCUGUUUAUACACAUCUGCCUGUCGGAAUGUGCAUCCCGUGCAGCCUUCGGAGUAGCCGCAAUAACAUAAAGCUUUGCUUGGGCUGCUUCGCUGUGUAUUCAAAGACACUGUAAAUAGUUCCUAUGCCUGUCCAGAGCAACAAGUCGCAAGAUGUGUUAGGAAGAGAAACACUAGAGGGAGUCGGGGUCGAAACGACAGAAGGAAAGAAAGAAGCCUGUAGAUUAUUUAUUUUCUAGUUGUAUGUUAUUGUUAAUCGCGACUGUACUUGUACAGAGUCAUUGUCAGACACGUAGCCGGGCGUCGGUCAUUAGAUUGUCGUGGCCGUGACUAGCAAGCUAGGCGGAGAUUCUGGUGGACUGACAGUUGAGGGACUAACUUUUAUUUCGUUUUUUUUUUUUUUGCUGUAGUAAAUGUUAUUGUUGGUUUUGUAUAGGAAAAAUGAUAGACUGAGCCAUCUAUUUCUGUCGCAGGUAUGCACUCGUUAUGUCGUCUUAUUCGAAAUUUGGUUAGAACAGAGUCCGGAAUUACAGCGACGAGAACCAAACGUCAUCCCCCUAAAUCUGAUUUCCCCUUAAGCCCGUUUGAAAUUAUAGCCUAUUUCAUGAAUUACUGUUGCAAAGGAAUUGUUUUUUUUCUUCUUCUUUUUUAAAAAUCGGGUCAUUUGAAGUCUUGUCUCUUCUGGCUCUUUUUUGUUAUGGGCAGAAAAAUAUCAUGCUUGCUUUGAGAAUGUAAAUAAUAUAUAUUUUUCUAUACAAACGACUAAAAAGCACUCACUAGUGAAUAGCACUUAAUGUUAUAAAUAGUAUUUAUAUUUUUAAGAAAUCCUAUUUAUUUUAUUGCCAUUUUUGUAGGAAAUAGAGGUUUACAAACACUAAUGCUUGGUCUCUACAUUUUAUUUUUAUUGAGCUGCCUUUUUUCAAAGCUGUUUUUUUCGUUGCUGUUAAUUUCAUUUUGUAGCCUGAAUGUUUCUUUUUGGAUUCCAAAGACUGAAGCUGUCGCUCCCCGCUGAGCCCAGUCCACCAGGAGCUCUAUAUGUCAAUCAAGGACAUUUCCAUUGACUGCAUGUUAGCAGCAUGGAAUUAUUAUAUGCCCUUGAUGGAUUCUUAGUGCUCAUCUUUUGGAAUAGCUGUCUGAUAUCACCUUUUUCCAGCCUUAAUUCCACGCGUCACGCGGAGGCUCCAGCCAGGCCAUUCAGACCUGGGUGUUUCACCGUGCGCAAUUCAUUCACGCUUUAAAUAAAAUAAAAUGUCUACAAAUUUCCCUUUUGGGAUCAAACGCGUUCCAUAAUCCGCAAACUGUAAGAACAACCCGGUUUAAUGCCUAUAGCCACAUCAGUGCUCCAAGAUUCCCCAUUGCCUUCAUAUUAAUACCUGUCAAUGUUUUAUGUUUCUAAUCGACUCCCUCGUAAAGUCCAGCAUUUGGUUUGUGGCAUUUACAUGAGACAGGCGACACGUGGAAAGCUUUUUUAGAAGCUCCGUAGAAGCUGAUGAAGUUAGGAAAGGUUGGACGAGGCUCACCGUUUUACCAUUGACCACAAUGCAACCCCUGUUAUUCAUCAACAUCUCUUGCUUUGCAUUUGUUGUAACUGAGCACGCUUUGCUUAGAGAACUCUGUAACUUGUAAAUGUAACAGUAGUAGAUUGACAGAAGUAGUCCCGGUUUUGGUGAGAAUGGGGACAUUGGGUACAAAAAGUGGAUAGGUUGAUGACCGGCAUAUAUUUCCUCGAACGAAUCUCACCAAAUUGCUGCUUUGUACAACUCUGGCUCCAGUUGUCCUAUAGCGAGCCACUUCAGGCCAGUGAUUUUUUUUGUUUGUUAUGUUUUUGGUUUGUAAUCUGUUUUUUCCUCGUAGUCUGUUGACUUUAUAUCUUGUAAGGCCGUCACAGAAUCUCUCCAACCCUUACCCUGCCCAGGCUGUGAAGUGAAACCAUAACUUUGCCAACACAUUGCACUUGUGACAGGCACUGACUUAACAUGGGAAAUGACGUUCUACUCAUUGUAAACACAAUGGGUUCUUAUGUUUUAAAAACCACAAGCACAGAUGCUGUUUAAGCUCCCUUAGGAAUUGUGGCCCCCAGGAAAGUGCACUUCUGCUCGACCUUCUCCCAAGUGUGUAAGGGACGUUCCGAGUGCAGGGACCACUCUGGAGGCCAACAGUGAACACUCCUCAACUUCCUUGCAGCCUGGGUUUUGCCAGCUAAUUCAGGGAUACAGUUUUGGUUCAGCUCUCGCUGUCCUCCCAUCCUGGCUAGCCUUUGGGUGAGGCACAGGGUCAUGCUGAAUUCUGCUGCUAGGUCUUUAAUGAAUGUAUAUACAAAAACUGAAUUGUGGUGAUUUCUGGUAUCAACCACGUUUUUGUUUUUGAGUUAAAUAGAACCCACAAAAAGACUGGGGAAGAUGACCUCACAGGACAGUUUUUGUUUGUUUCAUUUCAGAGGGAAAAAGAUUGAGGGACGGCUUUCUAGUCUUAACGUCAAAAGGUCACACUGAAUGAACUUAAGACUUCAAAGAUCGCUUUGGUAAUCAAUUUACUAAUCCCAAAGGCUCCGUCUCUGACUCCUCUACAGAUCCAUAGCAGUAAAGUGUGACGUUUCAGUACUUGGUGAACAACAACUCAUUAGUCAAGUGUUUUUAAAUGGCAGAUAGAUUCCGUUGUUUCUUGGACUUCAUAAUAACAUGCCACACCAGUGGCCCUUUUCCUUCACUUGUAAUUAUGCUAUAUAUACAUAAAAACAUAUACCGAAACAGAAAUAGUAACAUGUACUUCAGUAUCUAUACAAUAUACGGAAUGAACAGACAAACUUAGUUACAGUAGCAAACAGCAGGUUUGUAAUGGUUAAUAGCAAUGUUCAAUGUACUCUAUAAUGGUUUUAUGUUACAGUAUCAGUUUAAAAUAACUAACGUACAUCAUCUUUGUAUAUUGAUGUCCAGUACCAGUUUUCCUGUGCCUGUGUAUGUUCCAUUGGCAGGAGCAUUGCAGUUUCUUUCACUUUUUUAUUUUUAUUUUUUUUUGCGAAAAGAAACAGUAUUUAUGUGAUAAGAUGUAUAACGUGGUUGUGAACUUCUUGAAGUCAGCCAUUUUGUUUUUGUGUUUGAUUGUUGUAGUGAAUGUUUUUUUUUUCUUUUUCUUUUUUUUUUCUUUGUAAAUUCUUAACAGGGAUUUUAGACUGCUUACUUGAUGGUGGUAUAAUUGAGUUGCGUUUGUGGAGACUAGGGGGAAAAAAACGAAUCCCACCAAAAUGUUAUUUUACAGUCUUCCAUGUCUCCCUUACCACCCCCCCCUCUCUCUUUGGAAGCUUUGGUUGUACUUAUGUCUUGUUUUAUAGAAAGUGAUAAUGAUGAUACGUUUUUAUUUAUUUAUUUAGUGUAUUGGAACAUCCAUGAAUUUACAGGUCAAGGUAGUUGCCGGGAACCUGCUUGAAAGAAGUUUGAAAAAAAAAAAUACUUAACUGUAUUUGUAAUUUUAUAAUUGUUCCUUGUGUAUAGAACUUAUCAGCCUGAGAAGGGACGUGGCAUCAAGGGGAGUUGGCGGUAGGACUUGGGAACGGUUAAACGGCUCUUCUUAUGCCUUGAAUAUACCUUUUGUCUUGUUAACACUUCCUCCUGAACUCCAUGAGAAUAAUGAUGAUUAUGAUGAUACUAUUUUUCCCUAUUAGUUGUACAUCAGUGUUCUCUCAUCUGUCACAGAAAUGAAGGAAAGUUGAACCACAAUAGUAAACCACAAACUACUUAAGGUUGAAUGUAUAAUUAGGAAACACAAUUGUACAUAACUGUAAAAAGAAAAGUUUCUAAUCAUGUUUAUUUUCUAUGCACUUUUUUUAUUUAAGUGAUAGUUUAAAUAAUAAACAUGUCUCGUUUACUCUUU